UUUUAAUAAUUGUUCAGUUAGUUAUCUGUGUACUCUCUCAGUGAUCACACCAUCUAUAUCUAAUAAUUCUAAUUUAAUUAACAAAAUGAAAAGUUUAAUUUUGUUGUCAAUACUUUCACGAACCCUUUCAAUGGUAUUAGCCGAUGAUCCCCAAUCUUGUUUUCAUAUUUUGGAAACUACCCCAAAAUCAGAAAUAAAAAAGUACUCUGAAAUGUCAUUCAUAGAAACAACAAAUACAGCUUUGACGGCCGAUAUGUUCAGUUGCUUCUUAGAGAAAUCACGUUACAAUGGCGGCGAAAAAAGUAACACUGAAAAGUCUUAUGACAUUUAUAAAAAAUGUAUUGAAUAUGCAAAAUUUACUAGUACACCCAUCGCUAUACAGCAAUUAAAUGAAUUAAUUAAAUUGGGUUUGCAACCAGUUUACGCCAAUUAUCUACGUGAUGGCAUUAAAACAUAUGAAAUUAAACAUAUUGAGGAAAGUCUUUCCUAUAUUGCAGACAAAAUGGUGAUAAGUAUUGAAAAAAGUUCGGAGUUUAAAAAUUAUAAAAAGUUAAUUUUACAAAAACUUGAGGUAGAGAAAAGAGUCAAAGUGGAGCAUGUUGGUUAUGUUCAAGACGCCAAAGGAAUAAAUAAUGAUGAACAGAAUUUGGUAAAAGUUCUAGCAUUUAGUAAAAAUUCUGGCCAGAGUUUGCAAUUUAUAAAGAUUUCCUAUAAUAUCCUCUUCAAAUAUUUAGGUUUAUUAAUUUUAUUAAUGUUUUUGUAGAAUUUUGAUUCUAAUAAAAUGUUUACAAUAAUUAAACAUCUUUAGACGCUCCUCAUUUAACCCUAGUCGUUAUAUAAAGAUCCCUUCAGAUUUAAAUUUAGCAUUCAAAAUUGGCUUUAAAAUACUUACUAGUAGGGAGGAAAUUCGAUAUGAAUAAGUUUUUUCUGAGGAUCGGUCCAUAAUUGUUUCUAGCUAGUAGAGCCCUGCAUGAGUGACUUAAAUAAUAAAUUAAAACAUUUGAUUUUUUUCAAACACUGUGUUUGACUCACUCAUUGUUUUAUGAAU